AUGAAGGGAAUUUUGAUAGAGUUGUCGAGAAGAGUUGUAAGACUACCAAAUAAUAUUGUGAAUGGACGAUUGUAUUGCUCUCCUCCUUCAUCUUCUUCUCUACUUCCCAAUAACAAGCUCUUCUUCGCUGGUACUAUGAUUUCAGUUUGGCUUAAUUUUGUCAUUUCAUCUGUAUAUAUAUCGGUUUAUCCAUCUUCUUCUCUACUUCCCAAUAACAAGCUCUUCGUCGCUGGUUUGUCAUGGUCAGUUGAUGAAAAAUCGCUAAGUGAUGCAUUCUCCUCUUUCGGGCAAGUAACAGAAGUAAGGAUAAUGUAUGAUAAAGAAACUGGCCGAUCAAGGGGGUUUGGGUUUGUUUACUUCUCAAAAGACGAAGAAGCCAGCAGUGCAAAAGACUCCAUGGAUGGAAAGGCUUUUCUAGGUCGUCCAUUGAGGGUAAGCUUUGCCCUUGAAAAGGUUCGUGGUGCACCUGUUGUUGUUCCCCGACUUACAGGCACUGGAAAUGCUGAUAGAAAAACUCGUUGAGUUUUGUUUGCGGUAGUGUCCCUGGCAUUGAGGAGUGGUUUUCUGCAGCAUUUUUUCGGUUUGGUGAAUAUACCUUAUGUUACUGGAUCAAUUACCUGAUUACCUCCAUGAACGCUUUAUAAAAGGCAUUCGUUCUUUGCAAAAGCUACCAGGAAAUGAAGCUAGUGCUGGGGUGGUCUUGUGGGAAAUCACAUUAUGUUGACUUGAGUUUGUACUUACUAUACUACCAAAAAACAAUUAGAAAUCUUAUGCUGCAACCAGGAAAUUGGUGCAGCUCUCUUUGUGUACCCUUCGUUUGGUUGUUGGUUAUAGUUACGCAGGUAAGAUUUAGUAAUUCAUGUAUUAGUUACUCAUCAUAACUUAUACAUGCAUUAGUUAAGCGGAAUUGUAAAUUGA